CCCUCCCCCACCUCCCUGCCACCCUCCACCCCCGCAGCUUCGUCCUGGCCACGACCUUAGCUGGCCCUGGUCACCUCUCUGGCCCGCGUACCCCUCCAUAGGGAGGGGGUUGCGGUGGAGCUGCACCCUGGAACUCCCCCAAACCACAGCUCCAUCUCAGGGGAAGGGAGACCCCUUGGGCUGCCCCCCAACCACAGCCCCAUCCUAGAGGAAGGGGGCCCCCCUAUGCUGCCCCCCAAACAACAGCUUCAUCCUAGAGGAAGGAGGACCCCCUUAACCCAGCUCCAUCCCAGAGGAAGGGGGUCCCCUUAGGCUGUCCCUCCAAUUAUACACCUUCCUCACAGAGGAAGGGGGACCCCCCUUGGAUCGCCCCUCUCCCAUGUGACACCUGGGGCAAGGCUGGCUGUCCUGCACCCCGAGACUGCGCUCUGGUGACCUGGUGACCUUCUGCUGACAUGAACAGGGCCCCCCUGAAGCGGUCCAGGAUCCUGCACAUGGCGCUGACUGGGGCCUCCGACACCGCGGACCAGGCAGAGGGCAGUGGGGAGACGCCCUUCCUGCUGAGGGCUCUGCAGAUCGCGCUCGUGGUGACCCUCUACUGGCUCACGUCUAUCUCCAUGGUGUUCCUCAACAAGUACUUGCUGGACAGCCCCUCCCUGCAGCUGGACACCCCGAUCUUUGUCACCUUCUACCAGUGCCUGGUGACCACGCUACUGUGCAAGGGCCUCAGCACGCUGGCGGCCUGCUGCCCCGGGACGCUGGACUUCCCCACCCUGCACCUGGACCUCAGGGUGGCCCGCAGCGUCCUGCCCCUGUCGGUGGUCUUCAUCGCCAUGAUCACCUUCAACAACCUGUGCCUCAAGUACGUGGGCGUGGCCUUCUACAACGUGGGCCGCUCACUCACCACCGUCUUCAACGUGCUGCUCUCCUACCUGCUUCUGAAGCAGGCCACUUCCUUCUACGCCCUGCUCACCUGUGGGGUCAUCAUCGGAGGCUUCUGGCUAGGUGUGGACCAGGAGGGAGCCGAGGGCACCCUGUCUCUGACCGGCACCAUCUUUGGCGUGCUAGCCAGCCUCUGCGUCUCACUCAACGCCAUCUACACCAAGAAGGUGCUGCCGGCUGUGGAUGGCAGCAUCUGGCGCCUGACCUUCUAUAACAACGUCAAUGCCUGCGUGCUCUUCCUGCCCCUGCUGCUGCUCCUUGGGGAGCUCUGGGCCCUCCGAGACUUCGCCCAGCUGGGCAGCGCCCACUUCUGGGGCAUGAUGACACUGAGUGGCUUGUUUGGCUUUGCCAUCGGCUACGUCACAGGGCUGCAGAUCAAGUUCACCAGCCCCCUGACCCACAAUGUGUCGGGCACGGCCAAGGCUUGCGCCCAGACAGUCCUGGCUGUACUCUACUAUGAAGAAACCAAGAGCUUCUUGUGGUGGACGAGCAAUCUGAUGGUGCUGGGCGGCUCCUCCGCCUACACCUGGGUCAGGGGCUGGGAGAUGAAGAAGACUCAAGAGGACCCCAGCCCCAAAGAGGGUGAGAAAAAUGCCAUGGGAGUAUGAACUCUUUUGGGGACCUUAGGAAUGAACUCGGGUGGGAGCUAUGGACCCGUGUUGAUAGGGGGCAUGACCAGAGUACAGACCUGAUACCUAAUACCAGACUGGCAGACCUGUCUGUCCUGUCCCACGUCUGGACUGCCCCAGGGUAAUAGUGUCCCCCCUACCCCUCCUAGGCCAGCCUACCUCCAUGUCAUCUCCUAGGAUGGGACAGCAUGCAUCCUUGAGGGGCAGUCUUCUUGAUACUCAGAGGAGUUGGGGUGACUCCACUGCAACCACCAGAAGGGAACUGGGAAACCCCAAUGUCUCUAGGGUCCUGUAAAAAGCAGGUAGCCCUUGGAGGACAGGCUGGGCAGGUUGAGGGAGGAAGGGGACCAGCAUCAAGAUCAGCUGGCCUGGGGAAGGGCCAUAGGGUCAGCUAGAGCCAUGCUCACCCCUGGCACCACCACCACCACCACCCCCUGGCCAAAGGAGGCUGGGAUAGGGUGGACUAUGAAAAAAGGCUCACCUUCUGCACCCUGUAUCUGUAGCUUUAGUCCCCCACAUGGAGGACCACUCAUGUUUUAUAGGGUAAGUGGGGUCAUUGAGCAGCUCUCAGUCCUAGAUUUUCCUGCCUGGCUCCUUUGCCCCUUGGAGGGUGAGGAGGGGUGACACUGCCUGCCCUUUCCCAGCUCCUGGCACAGCUCCCCGGCUCAGGUAACAGCCUUGUUGCUGCUUUUCACUUCUCCCAGUUGUCUCCCCCCAAAGCUCGAGUGGGCAGAUGCGAUUGGGGGGCUGGGCUCAGAACCUCCACUUCAGGUGCACUUGCCCCUCCACAUCUUUAGUCCUGAGCCACCUCCCGGAAGAAAGGGAUCAACACAUACUUUCUCCCCUGAGGCUGCGCCCAGGGGGCCUGCCUGUCCCCUGCUUGGCCCUCCCACACCCUGGGUGGCUGAGAAGCAACUGAAGUUGAUUUCUCCAAGUUCCUGAGGCUGCAAGUUCAAGGUCAAGGCAUCUGGCCUGCUCUGUAUCCCUCCUUGAUGGAAGCACACACUAAUUCUAGUGCUGAGGGUCCCCCCGACCCCCCACAUCUAAUCACCUUCAAAAGGCUCCACUUCCUUGUGGGCAAGAUCUCCUAACAUAAAUGUUGAGGAGCCACAAGUAUUCAGACCAUAGCACCCCCUCUCACACCCUUUUGGUCUUGGGGUGUCUCCCGUCCCUCCUGUUGGCCAUUUUUACCUCACAUCUUGUAGGGGUAAUCUUAGAAGUUUUGGUUCUUAGAAUAAAAACCUGGGACAAGUGCCCCUCUCCUGCUCCUGGCAUCUAAUGAAGUUGGUAUGGCCAGACGGCUGAACUGUGUGAUUUAAUAAAAGCCUGAGCAAGA